AUGUUGUCAUCGACUACUCAUCCUCUCGAUCGAAAUGGAGAAUAUGAGAUUUUGUGUCCAUUUCACAUGUCUUCUUUGAGAAAUGGAUCUACAUUUGUGGAGCAUGAGCGAGACCAUGUGGUUGAGAAUGAGUUGAUGAUACAUCAUGGUGGAGUGGAUGCUUCAACAUCUCAUUCGGCUUCUACCAUGAGUUCAUCAACGAAUCAUUCAUGGCUUGCAGUAUUUGAGGAAGAGGAUUAUCAUUUUGGAGAACAUUAUGUGGUCAAGAGACCCUUAGAUCGAGAGGAAUUAUUGGGAUUGGGCGGAGAAAAUCAAGAUCCUUCUUCAGAAUUUGUCGAUAUUGUCAUGUAA